AUGGAGUGUUCUAUUUGUAUUGAACCUAUUCUGAUCAAAAAAUCAAAUGAUGAAUCGAAUUCUGAUAUAAGUUAUGAUACUAUAGGUGAAUUAUUACCAUGCCAGCAUAAGUUUCAUAGUGAUUGUAUAAGGAAAUGGCAUACUUUUGCCAACGAUUUAAAAUGUCCGAUUUGUAGAACUGUGUCAUUAUCCAUGUCCCUAAUUUAUAAUUAUAAUUUAUGGUAUGAAAAGAGAGUGAAAAUUGAUCUAAAUAAAGGAUUUCUGGUUGAAAGUGUACUUGAAUACGAUAGACUAAUAUCAAAUGAUAAUUUCGAUAGAGAAGAUACCCAUGGCUUAGAGACUGAACAAACGUUGUUGCGUGAACAGGAUAGUGACGAAACUAAUGAUAAUGGUAUCUCUACACUAUUUCAGACCAUUUUAAACAUGGAAGAAAUGAAUGAUGACGACUCAGACAAAGAGCUUGAAGCGGAACAAGAAGUACUUAAUUCAUUGAGAGAAGAAUAUAAUAUGAUGUUAUGUAGAAUAUGUGGCGAUGAUGAGGAUGGCGAUGCCGAUACCAAGUGUCCCAAUUGCAAUGCAAGAUACCAUGAAGGAUGUCUUCAUGUAACAUCCAGUGAAAUUGGAGAAUGUGAUACGUGGCAACAAUGUAUCGAAUGUAGAACUCAAACAGAGCAUAUAGUUGGUAAUCGGAGAAUAAAUAUACGUGAGUCGUCAGUAUUGCCAUCAUCCACCCAUGAUACCAACAAUGAUAUAUACCCCGGAGAAGAAGAAUUAGAGAGAAUACGAGAAACAAAACGGAAGAUACAAAAUCACGUAAGAGAUGCCUUGAAGUCAUACUAUUGUCGGUCAAGUUCCAUACGACUAACUAAAGAACAAUUCACAAGUAUUAAUCAGACCGUUUCGCGAACAUUAUAUUCCAUAUCUGAUAAUAAAUAUCAAGAAGAGAUGGAUUACGACUACCAAGCCAAACAAAGAGUUGUCCAAGAAUUACAAAAACUGGGAUACGCUAAAGCAUGA